GUCGCCAGUUUCUCGCCGACGACCGCGCCGCGAGCACGCCUUGUGAUGCGCCCCGCGUUUUGACGCGACAUGGCCACUUCGACAACCGGCAACAUCGUAAUCGAGUGGUUGCGAUCGCUCCACCUGGGCCAAUAUUCAGAGAGCUUUAUUGAUAACGGCUACGACGACCUAGAAAUAUGCAAACAGGUCGCCGAGCCCGAUCUGGACGCCAUAGGUGUUCUCAAUCCUACACAUCGUCAGCGGCUGCUGCAUUCUGUGAGAAUUCUGAGAGAGGAGGGUGCAGCAGCAGUGUACUUCACUUUGGAGGAAGCAGCUGCCGCUCGAGACUCUUACCGAUGUGAAGAGGAGACACGCAAAGAACAGGCCACCGUCUCAAUAGAAACGGCGAAGUAUGCUGAUGAAUACGAAGAGGGCAAGGCUGAACUGGUGAAAAUACCGCGAAUACAACUGAAGCGUUUGCUGCGUGAACGUCUCGCUCAGGAUGGGAUCCGGUUGAGCCUGCAACCAUAUUCAACUACGGAUGGCGAUCGCGGUUACCUAGAAGGCUUGGCUUCACGGUACGCCGAUCUGUUCUCAACACAUUAUGGCGACGUUCUGGAUCACCUUGAAGAACUGAGGCGGCACGAAUGGGAAGAAAUGUCCCCAAGGAUGCGAGUGCUUGGGGGCACGGGGACUCCCCAAACUCCUCCAUCAGCUAGUCCUGGAACACUGGCGCUGAACAAUUUAACCACCUCACAUUCCCAACCCAUUUAUGUGCCUGGAAAGUAUUCGCCAUCCAGUUGUCUGAACGAUAAGGAAGAAGACGAGAUAUACGGCUUCGGGUACGGUGUGUUUGGGAAGCAAAUGCUGCAAAGACAACAGCAGCAGAAGCAGUUGCUGCUAGCCCAGCCCUCGCAGCCGUUGAUGCACAACCAACAACACAACUAUCAGAGUUGUCUAAGUCCACGAUCGGCGUAUUUUUAUGAAUUUCCUCCUAGUGAUAAUUGUCUCGGUACUGCCAAGAAGAAGGUCACAACAUUCUCAAGACUGCUCCGCGGACUCAAGUCCCAUAGAAAAGAAAAGCAUGGUUCCUGCUCGCCGAAGCGUUCGCACAGCCCUCGACAAGGGUUGCCCCCACAGAGGGUUGACACACCAGACAGCGUCCUGCAAAGUGGCCUGGGCCUCGGCCCUGGCCCUGAUACAGCUCUGAGGUCAAUGGUUGACCCCAGAGACUAUGACCGCCUCCGCUUCUUUCAAAUGAGUGCCGCCCAACCAAACACCUUCGAAGAAACGAUUCAUAGGUUAAAAGUUCAGGAAGCAAUGAAGAAAAAAGACAAGCUAGCGAGAGAACAGGAAGAGAUAUUACGGGAUAUAAGACACGGUCUUAUGAAUAUGGGGCGAGAUGGAGUUCGCGGCCCAUUUGGAGACGAUACGUAUAUGUAUGACGAUGAAGCGAGAGGACUCUCCGGAAGAGGGCACUGGUACGAUGAACCGCCGUACGAAAGUGACCCUGAAGACUUUCUAAUGGGAGGUGGAGCGCCGGCGGCUUCCUUCCAAAAUGGACGUGUUUGUUUUACACUCAAUCUUCGAAACGAACCCAGAGGUGAAGGAGUUAUAUCUCUGAGAAGUGCCGGCGAUAUAAGCUUAGCGAGAGCCCCUCGGAGAGGAUUAAUAAUCCCGCAAAGCGGACCCUACCCGACCACUGUGAUACCCUUGCGAACUGCCAGAGAUAGGGAAAGCGAGGAUUACGCCGCAUCCGAUAUCCAAUCUAUAGGCUCGAGGUUGUCGGGCAUUUCGCUUGAAUCGAGUCGAUCGGAAAGAGAUUGCAGAAGAGGCUACAGGCAAAUGCCAGGUUAUCGGAUAGGCAUCGACCCCUUAUCGCCCGCGUCAUCGGAUUACGAAGAUCAAGAGAGCGAAACAGAUUCACAACACAUAGCAACCGUACACAAGUCAGCCGAGGAAUGUGAAGGAAUUUCAAACUUGGCCGGCAAAGUGCGAGGCUUGAGACAAGAUGUGCAACGAAAGAUAUCAAGAUUAAGACAAGAAAGAGGUCCAGAUUUGCCCUUGGAUCGUCGGACGAGUGGCGACCAAGCGUUUCCAUGUUCUAACAGUUCUUUUGAAAGUCUUCCCAGCGGCUCAGGCAGUAGCACCCAGGCAUUGGUUCGUGCCGGUAGUAAUCAUUCGUCUCUCUCGGCAGAAGAAAACAUAGAAUUAAGUCCAGCGGGGCGGAGUCUUCUGGUACCUCAAAUGCUGUGCCGCGCUCGGGCCCUUGUCGAUUAUCUCCCCAAUAUCUAUGAAAAGGAUGCUUUGAGAUACAAGAAAGGAGAUAUAAUAGAAGUAAUCAACAUGAAUGCAUCGGGGAUCUGGCGAGGUGUUCUAAACAAUAAAGUUGGCAAUUUCAAGUUCGCUAAUGUUGAAGUUUUAUCUGAACGAGAUACAAUGAGAUCAAGAUCAUCGAAGUGGUGUAAAAGCCGCGAAAGACUUUGGGAGACUAGACCAAGAACAGUUGAAGAGUUGCUGAGAAGAAUAGACUUACCGGAGUACAUGGUUGCAUUUUCAAGAAAUGGUUAUGAGGACAUUGAACUGUUUAAAGAGAUUGAACCUUCUGACCUUGACUACUUGGGGAUUAUGACUCCUGAUCAUCGUACGCGUAUCCUUGCUGCCGUACAACUGCUGCACCAGCUUGAAUGUGGCGAAGGCGAAGGCGAGGGAGGUGGUUCCAGCUCAGAAGGAGGCGACUCGCCGUUCGGUCGUCGUCAAUUCCCUCGAGACUCCGGCUGCUACGAGGCCGGAGUUGGGGUCGGCGGUGUCCGCGUACGCACAUCACCACUUGUGCAUAGAACUGAGGAGCAGUCACACAGGCCACCUGAGCCGGCACCGCAAACUAAGCGCUCCAUACGCCGUCGACAACCCGAUGACGCUGAGUGCGAUAGAAUCGAACGGUACCCUGGGACGAUAGGAGAAAAGAGCAACGUACGAACCGGUGGCCUGCCUGGAGGCGCACGCGAUGAUGUCUGUGAGUCUGAUCAUAAGUUAAACGUUGUCAAAUUCGUAGCCGGCGGUGAGCCUUGCGCUUCAGAAAAAAGUAGCGACUCUGGUGUAAGCAGUUCUUCAUUAAGUUCCGGACAUCCCCAUCGUCCCUGAGCGAGGGCCGCCGCGCCCGCGCCGGUCUAGGGACUCGCGCGGGCGCGUGCAUCAAAAUCGUCUUUGCUCGCCUCUACCGACUUAGAUACUCCCGUUCAAUCUGAAGCCUAGUAAUCUGAAGUGUGAGGUACUAUAUAGUUAAUAUUUUUUAUAGUAUUAAAGUGACUUCAAGAAACAACGGUUUCUAUUAGCUCUUAUUAUUCUUUAUUUCGUGACAGAAACGAUGAUUCUUUAACGACUGCCAAUUUAAUUUUUUAAUACUUUUAUGACGCACUUAGGUGAAAUUGCGAGACAGUAUAGAACUUACUAUGGAAAUUUUUGAAUUUAGAUCUUUUAGACUAUACAAAAUAGUAUGAUUUGCCAAUGUAACUGGUGUAAGCUUUUUAAUAUGUCGAAAAUGUUUAUAAAAUUUAUACUUUUAGAUAUAAGACUGAGAAUAAUGUCUGAUCAACUUUUAAAUUUUAAUUUAUAAUAUUUUCUAUGAACGUGUGGUUCUCUAAAAAUUAAUGACGCAAAUAUAUUAGUUAGCCAAACUUUACUGAGAAUAUCAUUAAAGACUUAUUUUAUUUUAUUUUUAUUACCUAACAAAUCUGUUUGUUAAAGUACUGUUUAAUUCAUAUAACUUGUACCAUGGAUUCAAAGUAAUGCGACAGAACUUUUAUAUUUAAUUUUUUUUUUUAAUUUUAUCGUAAUUUUUUUCUACUUCAUCUUUAUUUUUUUAGCUGAAUGAAUACCACCAAGCGACACGUAUUUUGACUUUGGAAAAUUAAUCUUUUUUUUAAUCCUAAGCAUAUCAUGGUUAUAGUUUUAGUUGCUAAUAAAUACUAAUAAAAUUUAUUCUCUGUUCAAACUAAGCUCAAAACUGUCAUUACUUAUUAGUCAUAUAGUUUCUUAGUUUUAUUAGUAUAAUAAUUUAGUACAUUUGAAGUAUAUCUAGUAUGAUAAUUUAUAGAAGGGAAAUGUUUUUAAAUUGAAAUUGUAUGUAUUUGUAUAUAUAUAAUUUUGAUUCGCCACAUAUUUUAAAAAUUUUGGCUAAUCUUUAAAGCAUAGCUUUUCGCAUCUCUCUUUUAUUUAUCUUUGAACAGAAAAUAAAUUGUGUCCAAGUAUGCAUUUCAUUUAAUAAGUGUCGGCAGUAUGCCAGUCGAUGGUAAAAUGGAAAGCGUGUAAAGCAAUUUUCAUAGUAAUAAUUCAACUGUACAUAAAAAAUAGAUAGGUUAAUUAUUAUUAUUAUAUAUGUUGAAGAUUUUUGUAACUGUUUAAGAGAGCUUUAUGCGGCAUACCGCAUGUACAUAAAUUAAUAGUUUUAGGUGACAUUAUUAUAAUUUAAACGUGAAAUUAAAAAUUUUACGCCGAUAUUAAAUAUAAAAGUGAACUCCAAAUUGUUUCCAUCAUGCGCACUUUAUAUAAUUAAAAAAAUAAUAUUUCGAUGGAAAUUGAUAAUGUGAAAUAUAAAAUAUCAUAGUUGUUUAACUUAAACUCGUCUUCAAAAAUUUUUAAAUGUAUUAAAUAAUGAUACAAAAUUUCAGGAAAAACAAAUUUCCGUGCCAUGCAAUAAAAAAAUCAGUGUCUGAAAUAAGAUAGGAUUGACAUACUCAAUGUGUACUAACUACUUGAUGUAUCUCAUAGAUAGCUGUAAGAAAUGUAACUCAAAAUUAACUUCAAUUUCCAAACAACUGCACAAUAUUUCAAUAACAAUUUCAGACAGUGUUUAUUUUCAAAUGACAAAUAUUCCUUAACAAAUUCCUAUUUUCACAUUACCGAUAUAGACAAAUUUUACAACAUUGUAAUCUCUAAUUAGAAAACAAUUUAUACGUACUAUAAUUUAUAUUUUUUUGUUUUUGACUGAAUUUAUAAUAAUGGUAUGGUCAAUUUCAGGUCCACUCUUGUACCCCGUAUUAUUAAAAUUUAAAAAAUACAAGCAUUUUAUUAAAAUUUAUUAAAGUGAAUAAAUCUAAUUAAAUAAAAAGAAAUAAACAAAAUUAAAACUUAUGGUUUUGAGUUUUAUCAAGAUGGCGCCCUUAAAGCAACUAUGACAUGACAAUUGACAGCAAACGUCAAAUCGAUUACUGCAUUGAAAACGUCAUCAAUCCGCCAUUAUUACUCUCAAUAGUGUUGCAUUUCUUGGGAGAGAAUGAAUAUUAUUUCGAAAAAAAUAAAUUCGUAGAUUAGUGUAAUCAAAAAUAUUGAUACAAUGACUGAUCCUUGGCUCCAUACAAUUUUGGACCAUCUCCUUUACCCAAAAUCUCCAAAGGACGAAACACAAAAAUGCGAAUAUGUUCAACGCGUAUGUAUUUAUUACGAUUUCAUACGUAUGUUAAUUCUCUGCCACAGUCCGCGUGAACAUUCCUUUAAAGAAAAGGUCGUUUUUAAUCUAGCAUAUUAUUUAAUUUAUUGAUCAAAAAUAUGUAAUUCUAUUGUAAAAGUAAUUAAUAAAGAAACGUAUGUAACAAGCCUUCCUCGCGUUGUUAACAAAAAAAAACCUAAAACAACACUCGAUUUGAGAACCUCCUCCUUUUUUGAAGUCGGUUAAAAAGGGGACUUCUGAUCCGUAACGUCUGAUCGUAGAAAAUUGCGAUGCGAUUUGAAUAAAUUCGUUAAUGCUUAGAAUGUGAGGUCGUAUUAUUUUUUGUGGUGUGACGUCAUAAUAUCGCAAUUUUGUGUUUUGAAACUUGUAUUCUUCCUUAAUAAUCCUUCAGAAUGCCAAAAUGAUCGCCUGUUGUAAAGUUUUUUUUUAUCCUAUGAUCCCUUAUUCGAUAAACCCUUUUAUUAUGAAGCCCUCAUUUUUUGUAUUUUGUAAAGUAACUUGUGAUCUUGAAUAAAGACAUUAACAAUCAAAUAACCAAACUGAAAAUCACCCAUUUUAACUCGAAGACCUCGCUUCGUUCGAUCCAAAAGCCAAAUCAUGUCAGCCAUUCGAGUAGUUUCAAUAUACAUUGUAAAACAAAUACCUAGUUGGAUACCUAUUUGCAAUUUAUAAAUGAAAAUACCUUACAAAUCUCGGUGUUCACUUUUGUAAAAUUUGUAAAAAACAAUACUCUUUUCGAAUACGACAGUGAACUAGUCCGAAAUAUAAAAUGUACAUAGAUAGAUGUUUGUUACCUGUAUAUUGUAGAUAGAACAUUAUUCUUUGGACAAUUAUUGUAUAUUUAGUAAUUUCAUCUUUAUUAAAAUUAAUGUUAAAUCUAUUAUUUAUAGUAAAUAUUACGUUAACGUCAAUGCUGAGGUAGAAUGGUUUAAAUAUACAAUUUGUGAACUUUAUGGUCAUAAGAAUGUGAUUGCGAUACUUAAUUUGUAAAUUACGAUUUAUUUUAAUUUAAUUUUAACUAUACAUUGCAGGAACAGUACUUUUUGUAGCCGUAUGUAUAUUUUUUUUAAACAGAAAUUAUGUGUAAGUUUCAAACUUUACAAACAAGGAUUCUGAAUAAAUAAAUACAAUAUUAAUGUGA